AUGCACUCACUCGGAGCUCUAGGUGCGCUGCUGCACGCAUCUUUCCUUGUGUUACUGGUUCAGGGGAUUCAUAAGACGAGAGAUAACGCGUACAAGAGGUCGUUGCAUCGUUUUCCCGCGGUGGACCGCACAACUGGAUUUCACCUGCCGAUCUAUAUGGUUCACCUCUACCGGAAUUUCAGAUCCAAUUUAUCUCGACCCAUGGAUACUAUGGAGCAGACAGCAGUUAAGCAGGCGGAUACUGUGAAGAGUGUGAUGGCGAAAAAUGUGACCUACAGACAUAGACGCUGGAUGGCGACCUUUAACCUCCACACGCUGGUGGCCGAGAAGCAGAUCCAGGCGGCCGAGCUGCGGAUCAGACUCCCGCGCUCCGAGCGCGUGACCAACAUCUCCGUGGACAUCUACCACCAGCAGGACCGGCCCUGCCAGCCGGGCCGGGCCUGCCACCGGCCCCAGCUGGUGGGCUCGCUCACGGCGGCGGCGGUGAUCAGCUCGUCCCAGAGCUGGAAGGUGUUCAACGUGACCGCCCCCUUGCUGCGGUGGCUCCAGGAGAACCAGCCGUCCAGGGGCCGACGCAAAGGUGGCCCCGCCAAGAAGUGGAGGAAGAGGAAAGCGGAGACGAGGGGAGGCCCGCCGUCGACUCCUCUGCCUCCCAACCCCGCCCCCCCCGGGGGUCCCAAGAGGGAGCUGGGGAUGAGCGACCGCGCCCUUCUGGUGGUCUUCUCUCACACGGGCCUGGACGAGGGCUCCAAGGCCAAGGCCAGCCUCCUGCACACGGCCGAGCAGUCCAGGUUCUGGUCCCCCGCCGAGAACAGGAAGGCCGAGGGCCGCAAGAGGAAGCGCAGCAAGCGGGGUCAGAGGGAGCACGUGGCCAGGGCCCCCCCGGGGUCCAGCAGGGCGGGCGGGGACAAGUCGCUCUGUCGAAGGGUCGACCUGCAAGUGGACUUCAACCAAAUCGGCUGGGGCUCGUGGAUCAUCUUCCCCAAGAGAUAUAACGCGUAUCGGUGCGAGGGGGACUGUCCCAGCCCUCUUGGGGAGGACCUGAACCCCACCAACCACGCGUACAUGCAGAGUCUACUGAAACACUUCCAUCCGGACCGCGUGGUUUCGCCCUGCUGCGCUCCGACCAAGAUGAGCCCUCUCAGUAUGCUCUACUACGAGAACGGAGAGAUGCUCCUUAGACACCACGAAGACAUGAUUGUGGACGAGUGUGGCUGUCAAUAAGAGACUAUGUGGUGACACAUUGGCAGGCCGCUUAGUUGAGAGGUAAAAGACAUGUGUAAUGAGGAAGAGACUGAACCAGAACACUUAGCUUCGGCCCAGUGUUUGGCCGAAGGGAUAAAGCGCUUGAUGUGCACAGAGUUUUAUGGUAAUUAUUGUAAAGUCUGGUUUAGUUUAUCAUGACACAGUGUGUCAAAAUGUAUUCAAACUAUAACCCAGCUUGAAAAAUAAAGAAAAAGUUAAUGUUUAACCAAGCUUUCCCAUACAAUGACUUAAAGUCAUUGAUAUCCAUAAAAAAUGUGUUUGUUUAUACCACUUGGUUAAUUUUCCAACACAAAAUGGUGAUAAUAUUUUACGCCAGCACUGUUUCUGUUUUUAUUUUAUUCUCAAUUUGUAUUGCUGUAAAUUAUGUAUAUUUAUUGUAAAUAUU